UCUGUUGGUCGUUCCCAACUUCCCACCAGCCUGUGUGGCUUCUGAAACAAUAACUCCUUAUGAAAUAUAAAUAUAGAUUUAAAUACAGUAGAGCGAGAAUGCGAUUUGGCUGCUUUUUUAUGGCUUCAAUUAUUGUCUAAUUUUAUGUCGGGGGGCUCUGCCGGCCGCACUCGCACGCGGGGCCCGCGCCGGGCUGAUGGCGUGAUUAAUUGUGAUAUAAAAUAGUCCGCUGAAGAAGUGUGUGUCUGGUGGUGGCGGCGCGAAGGGGAGGGAGUCCAGACGCAAGGCCAGAUUUGAUCUUUUAAUCUUCGUUGGCCACAAUUAAAACAAACCCGAUCGUUGAGCGCUGCGAUCUCUUUGCAUAAAAACAUAUGGCUUUUGCUAUAAAAAUUAUGACUGCAAAACACCGGGCCAUUAAUAGCGUGCGGAGUGAUUUACGCGUUAUUGUUCUGCUGGGCGGCCACGUGACGCGCGUGGCCAAUGGGGGCGCGGGCGCCGGCAACUUAUUAGGUGACUGUACUUCCCUCCCCGGUGCCACCAAGUUGUUACAUGAAAUCUGCAGUUUCAUAAUUUCCACGGGUCAGGCCGGCCGGCAGGGCGCGGGGUGCGGCGAUGGCCACCACAGGGGCCCUGGGCAACUACUAUGUGGACUCCUUCCUGCUGGGCGCUGACGCCUCGGACGAGCUGGGCGCGGGACGCUAUGCUUCGGGGGCCCUGGGUCAGCCCGCCCGGCAGGCGGCGGCACUGGCCGAGCACCCCGACUUCAGCCCAUGCAGCUUCCAGUCCAAGGCGGCGGUGUUCGGCGCCUCCUGGAACCCGGUGCACGCUGCGGGCGCCAACACGGUGCCCGCGGUCUAUCACCACCAUCACCACCACCCCUAUGUGCACCCCCAGGCGCCCGUGGCGGCGGCGGCGCCGGAUGGCAGGUACAUGCGCUCCUGGCUGGAGCCCACGCCUGCUGUCCCGCUUGACACUCACACUUUGUCCCUGACUGACUAUGCUUGUGGUUCUCCUCCAGUUGAUAGAGAAAAACAGCCCAGCGAAGGCGCCUUCUCCGAAAACAAUGCUGAGAAUGAGAGCAGCGGAGACAAGCCCCCCAUCGAUCCCAGCAACCCGGCUGCCAACUGGCUCCACGCUCGCUCCACGCGGAAGAAGCGCUGCCCCUAUACUAAACAUCAAACGCUGGAACUGGAGAAAGAGUUUCUGUUCAACAUGUACCUCACCAGGGACCGCAGGUACGAGGUGGCCCGACUGCUCAACUUGACUGAAAGGCAGGUCAAGAUCUGGUUCCAGAACCGCCGGAUGAAAAUGAAGAAAAUCAACAAGGACCGAGCAAAAGACGAGUGAUGCUACUUGAGUUCAUUUCGGAAAGCAGAUGGAAGGAGAGGGCAAGAGAAAGGACUGCCUGUCCCCUUCUCCCACCCCCAUACUACCCAAGCCUCCAGCACCCCCCGCACAAAGCGGCCAAACUCCAGGCCUCAUCUCUCCCCCUGGCAAACCUUUCUCAGGCUGGCUCCUUGGCCUGCCGCGUUCAUGGAGGAGGUAUUGUAAGCUUUCCAUUUUCUGUUAAGACAAAUAAAUAAAUAAAUAAAUAAAUAAAAAGAAGAAGGGGGCAUUAGCGCUGAUGGCUGUGUGUACGCUACCUUGUAUAUAUUUUAUAAAAUCUACCUGUUCCUGACUGAAAACAAACAAACAAACAAACAAAAAAAACAACUACCUUUUUAUAAUGCACAACUGUUGACUGCGGCGGGCUGUAUAGAUUUUAGUCUGUGUAGUUAAUUUAAUUUUCUCUUUGUUCGGCAGAGCGAUCUGCCCGAUACUUGAACACUGUGUUUUAUUGUGGUAAUUAUGUUUUUGUGACUCAAACUUCUGUGCUGGGUGACACACCCGUUGUGAUUGUGAAAGAUAGAAUUCAAUUUGAACUCAGGUUGUUUAUGAUGGGGAGACAAUUGCAUAGAGUAUAGCUCUGUAGUGGAAUACGUCUUCUGUAUAACUAGGCUGUUAGCCUUUGAUUGUAAAUUAGCUGUAAGGAUUUCUCAGUGAAAUAAUUUUUUUUUUUAAAGAAGGGUUCUCUGGGGUGCAUAGAUUCAUGGUUUUCUCCACUUUUGAAAUCCAGGCAUUUUCGUGUCUACAUGCUCUAUAGACCUGUCUGGUCUAGUGUAUAUAAUCCACAUAUGAAAGAAAAAGCAAUCAGACCAGCUUGAAUACUGUGUUUGCACCAGACAAACAGGGAGGAAAUUCGGAGCUAUACGUAUGUGCAGAAGGUGACUACCUAUGGUUUAUGUUUAAUUUUAACUGGGGGAAAGUGAUACUGUAAUGGAGCUAAUUUUAUUGAUAAUAAAUUAUGCAUUGUGAAACUGCCAGUGGGCUACGGUAGAUUUGUAUUCUUGACGAAUCUGGGGUUUCCGUUGGGGGCUGAACAUACACUGUAUAUUUUGCAAUAGUUACCUCGAGGCCUACUGACCAAAUUGUUGUGUUGAGAUAUUUAACUUUUUGCCAAAUAAAAUAUAUUGAUUAUUUUAUUUUA